AUGCCAUCCAGAACAUCAACUCGGCAGGCAGCUGUUAAGGCAAAUGAAGCGCUGCACCAAGGUGCCAGAGCUGGCACGAAGAAAACCGCUGGCGGGAAGCGGAAGGGGAGGGAACAGGAAGAAAUUCCCAAAACUAAGCGCGAAAAAAAGGAAGAAGAGCCAACUGAGCUGGGAGAAGGGAAGCUUGAGAAGGGUAUGGAGGAACCACCUACUGAGGAACGGAAGGAGGAAGCAGAAGCGACCAAUGGCGGACUAAACGAGCCGAAAGAGCCGGAAAAGAUGUAUACUGAACGGCCGGAACAGAAAGAGGCGCCGAAGGAGACAGAACCAAAUGCUGAAGCUAAGGAACUAGAAAGGGAAGCGAAACUGCCAGAACCGGACCAAGCGAAAGAAUCAGAACAGAAGGAAGAAGUUAAAAAGCCGACUGAAGCGGAACAACACAAGGGCGACGCUGGAAAACAACAGCCACACAAAGAACACGUUGCUAUACCCGGAGGCAAGGAGAAAGCACCGGAACCGACAGCCGUUAAAACAGGAGAAGAGGGUAAAACGCUCCCAUCCAACGUCCUCGAAAAGGGAAUUAUAUAUUUCUUCUUCCGUGGCAAGGUCGGAGUCGAGGAGCCAGAGGGUGUCGGGGACGUGGCACGGAGUUUCAUCGUCCUUCGACCGCUUCCCUCCGAUGCAAAAUUGGGUCAAGGCACGAUUGGCGACAACCAAAAUUGUCGCUUGCUUGUGUUACCCAAAAAGGUACUUCCUAAGUCUACUCGGGAUCGAUUUAUGGGAUUUGUGGAGAAAGCGCACACCACAGUAAAAACCAUCAGAGACUCGUUCCUUGCGAUUGAGAAGGAGACGGCGACACGGGGAACGACAUAUACUCCCGCCGCAACUCCCAUUGCCGAAGGCGCUUAUGUGAUCACAUCUAAGGAUCGCACUUCGCACCUUGCAUACCGUCUGACGGUUCCGUCGGAGCUUGGUGAGGUUCAGAAGGACAUUGGCCUCCAAGAGCGUGGUAGUUUCAUUGCAAGUGCAAAGAACCCAGAGUAUGGCGGACCCGAGGCGGCCCCACUGCCUCAGGGGCCUGACUACCCACAAAACGUCCAGGAAGAGUUUGAUGAUCUUCGCUGGGUGCCAUUACGACCCGAAUUCCUGGAUUUCCCCAAUGCGCAAUUCCUUCUUAUUGGGGGCCAGCACCAGGAUCCAGCAGAGGCUGACAAGGUUGCGGGGAAGCUUGAACACCAGGAUGAAUCCCGAACUUCUCCUCUCAAGGAUGACGACGUUGUCUAUGAAGAUCUGGGCAUGGACAGCAGGAACUAUCCAGAUGUCACGACGACUUGGGGAUGA